AUGGCUCCGUUGAUGCUCCCAGGCUCGACCCAGAAAGCUAUCGAUACCGCACUUGACGAUACCAACACAUGUGGAAGAUGCGGUAGUACAAGCCAUGGGCUGUCCAACUGCCCUGCUAACGCGAAUACUGGCAAGAAGGGUCAUGUGUGGACAAAUAUAGGUCCAGGAGCUAUACUCGCCGCUGAUCAGUACCUGAAGAGCCAUGCCAAGUACAAGUAUGUCGCUCCUGCGCCUGUCCAGAAGAAGAUGACUCAAGCACCACUGAACCCUACACCAUCGAAACAGGCGCCAUCGAAACAGGCGCCAUCGAAACAGGCACCAUCGACACAGGCACCAUCGAAACAGGCAUCAUCGAAACAGGCACCGAAGUACGUCCGCGGUCCCGACUACUCUAAUACUACCACGGGAACCGAUAUGUACUAUCCCAACGAGGAAGCUCAGGACCUAGGCCCUACCAAUACCGGAAGAGCGUGGAGUCCUUCAGUGGAAUUGCUGGACAGAACGGAAACUCUCAAAAUUCAAAACCCAGACUUUGCACUUCGUCAGAACUUCUUCGACAAUCCAGCUGAUGAGAGAAUCUUGACAAAUCACUUCGAAUACAGCAUCGACGAUGGCACGACUUUUUACGAAUACAAGAUCCUGGAUCUGGAUACUAAGAACCGCAAGAAGUUGAGGGCCCUCAUCAAGAAAGCUAUUGAAGAGUGGAACUUUCUGAAAGUGAAUCAGACAUCUUUCGCGACGAACUACAUCGAUACCAUCGUGUCCUGGAAGCCUUUGCAUCUCGAGCUUGAGAAAGGUGAGGAGCUUAAGGAUGACGGCAUCUAUGAGUGGGGCAGGACCAUUACCGUCGGCGACAUGAAGCAAGCUCUUCGUUUUCGCUUCGUCAAACCAAUUCCAGUCCACGACCUUACACGAUACGCAGCUGCUGAUCCCAGCUACGAGAACACCAACUUUGACGAUAUCGCUAAGUGCCUGAAUCUUGUCAUCUCCAAGAGUUUCAAUGAUGAAGUACAUAAGCUCUCCGCCAACAAGUUCUUCGUGAAGAAAGCGCGCGUCCCACUGAGAGCCGAUUUCAGCAUCUCUGACUCGCUUGAGAUCAUUCGCGGCUACUUCUACAGCGUCAAGCCCGGAAUGGGUAAUAUCGUCCUGAACUUCAACAUUUCAACCAGCGCGGUCUUCCGACCAGUCAAUGUUGCCGACUUUGUGAACGAUAACCAUACAUUCGACAAAGAUAUGGCAGCGAAGGUUCUGAUUGGUCGAAAUGUCUACGUGGACCACGAUCGCAUCGACCCAGAUCCGGAGAAGGAGAGCCACCUGAACAGUGAGGACUCUCGUUACUGGAAAGUAUUCGAACUUCAAAACGGCAAUAUCGAGGACCUGAGUUUCAGAAAGAAGAAGCUGGACCAGAACGGCAAGUUUAUCAUGAGGGCAGAUAAAUCUUACGAGAUGGAGACGAAUGAUACUUUUGUGGUUGAUCAUUUGGCCAAAGUGUUCGGUACAUCUCCUGUCACUGGACGACCAGCAGUGAAUGUUGGCUCACGUCAGCAUCCAAUAUGGUAUGCCCAAGAGCAUCUACGUAUCGUACCUUAUCAGCCAUACACCCGACCAGUGCCCGACCAGUACACAUCUUCAAUGGUUGACGAGGCCUGUCGAGAUCCGGAAAUCAGCCGAGCGUACAUCGAGAAUGAAGGGCUCCGUAGCCUUGGCUUCACGACGAGCGGUGAUUCGUUUUCCUUCGCAAAAAUCCCUCUUCGACUCCAUCCGACCAUGCUUCAGGUCCCGCGAUUGGUGCUUCCCUACCCCACCCCGAUCUAUCGACGAAAGAACGACUCUACUGUUCAAGCAAUGAGUACUUCUCGCUGGAAAUGGCCUCAGGGCGCUGGCUCGAAAUUCUACACAACGAUACCUCAAGUUCUCAACUACACCGUCAUCGCGGCUCCGGGCUGUAGCCCAACAUCACCGGGCUGGUAUGCCAAAGAGCUCGUACCUCAUUUCGUUAAGUGCGGCAUCUCCGAAGACCAAGUUCGACAUAUCGAUGAUAAACAGAUGCAACCUUUCCUUCGAUCACUAAGCGAGACUGAUAUUCAGUCCAAAGUCAGCGAAGCCUCGUCACUCGGUGCUAAAGUCGUCAUCUUGAUUCUUCCCAAAUACAACCUGACGACCUAUCGAGACUUCAAAAGUGUUGCGGAUCGAGUGGUCGGUAUACAGUCCUUCUGUCUGGUUGAGAACUGGCGUCCCGCCCAGCAAGAACUGAUGACGAACGUCAUGAUGAAGCUCAAUCUCAAACUUGGAGGUAUCAACCACAUAGUGAACGCCGUCAAGACUAGACUCCAGACACACACUAUGGUCCUCGGGGCUGAUCUAAUCCACCCAUCUCCCAACGCCUUCCCCGGUACGCCAUCUAUUGCAUCAAUGGUCGGCUCAGUGGAUGAUCAUGCCGGAAAGUGCCUUGGAUCUAUGCGCCUACAAAGCAUCGACAAGACAGACCGCGAGAUCAUGGACUAUAGCUCAGUAGUAGACAUGGUCACUGAACGACUUAGUGCAUGGGCUGCUGUCCAUAACUCGUCAAAGGACCGCCUGCCUUCCAACAUCAUCUAUUAUCGAGACGGAGUGUCAUCGGGACAUUACCCCAAAGUGCAAGAGACGGAACUGAAAGCCAUCCGCGACGCAUACAACACUAAGCGUGCAAGUCUAGGCUUGAAGGAACGGUGGCUGAAUCUCACUGCGGUCAUCGUAACCAAACGCCACCACACUCGCUUUUACCCCAUCGAAGAGGCAGACAAAGACAAAUGGGGCAACCAAAACUGUACACCUGGCACUUGUGUCGACAAGCUAGUCACUUCGCCAUACUACCAGGACUUCUACCUGCAAUCUCACAGCGGUAUCAAGGGCACUGCUCGACCUACGCAUUACUUCGUUCUCGAAGACGGCAUUCCCGGUCUGACUCUAGAACAUCUCCGUGAUCUAACGCACAGCCUAUGCUACUCCUACGUCCGAUCCAUGACCCCCGUAUCCUACGUCUCCCCCACAUACUACGCUGAUAGGUUGUGCGAACGUGGCCGCCUCUACAUCCGCAAGUACUUCAACGGCGACGACCAGACUCUCUGGAAUGACCUCAACAUUUUCAAGAGCGAUCUCGAGAAAGACCUCAGAGAAGCCAGAGAGAGGAAAUUCGGCAAGGCGCAGCACCGCCGCAAGGAGAAGGCAGAGAAGAACAUUGAGAAGACGCAUGCUGAGAAGGUGGCGAAGGAUACCAAGAUGUUCGUCUUCAAGAGGGUGGCGACGGACUUCUAUCGUAAUUGGAAUGAGCAGGAGCCGGAAAAGAGUGUCGGAAACCCUUGGGCAGACACUAUUGCUGACACGAUGUUCUGGAUGUGA